CUAGGGAGUCAGCACGGUCUCUUCUCUAAACCUCACUGGAAUGACAGCUACUACAAAAACAAAUUAGUAACACAUCGUGAAUUUUAUUUCUGCUUUUCCACGCGUGCUUUCAUUACUGGAUGAGUGCCUGUCCAUUAUUUGUACGUUUUUUUUUUUUUGAUUGAGCAUUAACCAUGACUGGGGUGUUUGACAGUCUCAGCGCAGAUAUGCAUUCCAACCAGAUUACCUCGAGUGGUUACCACAGCUUGCACAAGUCGCAGGAAUCCCCGACUCUACCCGUCUCUACCGCCACGGACAGUAGCUACUACAACGGCCAGCAACCGAGUCACUGUGCAGGCUCUCCUUACGGCCAGCUCGGUACUUAUCCCUACCACAACAACGGCAUGAGCAGCGUGCAGUACAACGCCAAGUCCUAUGAGCUGGGCUUCAACAGUUCCUUCAGUACGUACAGCACAUACGGAUCGAGCGCAUCGCCUACUCCUACUGACGCAGAAAAGGAGGAGAACGAACCUGAAAUUCGUAUGGUGAACGGAAAGCCAAAGAAGGUGCGGAAGCCGAGAACUAUUUAUUCGAGUUUCCAGCUCGCCGCGCUGCAGAGGCGCUUCCAGAAAACACAGUACCUGGCGCUGCCGGAGAGAGCCGAGCUCGCCGCUUCUCUGGGCCUCACACAGACCCAGGUGAAAAUCUGGUUCCAGAACCGCCGCUCAAAGUUCAAGAAGUUGUGGAAGAAUGGAGAAAUCCCGCCCGAGCAACACGUGGCUUCCAGCGAGUCUCCGCCGUGCCAUUCGCCUCCCGUAAACAGCGCCUGGGACUUUCCACAAAAUCAGAGGAUGACUAGUGUGAGUUCGGCUUUAGCCCCGAGCAGCGGCUCUCCCAGCACCACGGCGCCUUCCUUUCUCACCAACUACUCCUGGUACUCAUCCACGAACUCGAGUGCGCAUCUCCAAGCAAACGCGCUGGCACCGCACCACCACAGCACAGCCGUGAGCGCAGGGACGAUAUUUUGACAACAACGAAAAUGACUUAAAAAAAAACUGGAGAAUUAAUUUUGCGGGGGAAAACAGAGAUAGAAAGAGAAAAACGAGAGCUUGAUGUGACUUAAAGGCCUCGUUUUCUGAGAACUGCCGCGACUGAUGGACAGAGAUGUAGGCCUCCCAUGUUCCUUGCUGCGUGUAAUACUGUUUUUCUUUUUCCUUAUACACAAUGUCGUCAUCAGACAGACGCGGAAGAAUAAAAGACAAUGCAAUUAUUUUUGUAUUUAUUUAUUUUGUCUCUUGGAGGUGGAAAAUUAAAGGAUAACAUAAUACAUUGUUACUCAACCACUAAGAUCCAAAGCUAUGCUCUAAAAGGCUGUUGACGCCGGAGUGAACUUUAUAGCAGGAUGUGUUAACGUCAGAUUAUGUAGCACAAGUUCAAGCUGUAUCGUGCCUUCAGAAAUGACCUCACUUUCAUUUGUCCACCAUAAUGUAUUUUAAAUGUGCCCAUCGUUGUCAUAAAUGAAUUUUUGUUGAGUUCUAAGUUGUACAUAAGGUUAGCAGGAGAAACUUGUCUCUGUACUUGUAUGUUUCACCGCGUCUCUCUGAGACAUUGCCAUCAUUAUAGUCUUGUAGGUUAAAAGGUAGGGUUUUCGGUUUUUUGGAUAUAUUAAUGGGAAACAUUAGCCUAUCAUUAAGAGCUUAAAAGCUAAUCAUUUUCCCCAAAGAAAAAUUCACAUGUAACAUGUUUCUCAGAAAUAACUUGCUUUUGUUUAAUUUAUUUUUUAUGUCUUAUGCUGAAUGAACGGUUCUGCCGUGCUAUGAAAUGCGUAUUUAAAUAAAAAUGUUUCAUGUGAA